AUACGAAAUCGAUGAAAAGUGCCCCUUCGCCCUUGCCCUAUGCAUAUAGCCAGCCAACAUCUCUUCAGGUUCAACUUAUCGCUGCAAACAUCACUAUCUUUCCGCCCACAAUCCUUCUAUUGCGUAUUUGCCGGCUGCCUUAUCCCACCACAUUAUCACCGUCAACUAAGUCCUGCCAUUUUCACACUGUUCGCUUCUUGCGCUGGCGUGACAUCCUUUGCCAACUCCACAAGUGCAAGUUUGUGUAUCUGCAGACACUGGAGAGCUUUGCUUCGGUAGCUAGUGCUCAGGCUUCGUCAGCGGCGCAGCAAAGCCAAGGAAAAAAUCAAGCAACCUACAAGUCGAGGUUCUACCUCAGUCAUAUAGUCUUUUAGCAC